UCUUCGCGGGUGGAGCGGAGAGUGAGAAGGGGGAGGGGAUAAAAAAGUGGCAUCCGCUAUUCACCAGGAGGAAGGAAUGUGGGCAGUUCAGUUCCGAGGAGGCGCGGGGAUUUUUGUCUUCCCGGUGAUGAUAGCUGUGGUCUCCUAUGCUAAGAGUGUGAACGAGCCCAGCAACAUGUCCUACGUGAAAGAGACGGUGGACCGAUUGCUCAAAGGAUACGACAUUCGCUUAAGACCGGAUUUUGGAGGUUCUCCUGUUGAUGUUGGAAUGAGAAUAGAGAUCGCCAGUAUAGACGUGGUCUCUGAAGUCAACAUGGUGAGUAUUUCUUUGAAAAAGAGAAGAAUGAGCUAUGGGGCAAGGAAGAACCCGUGCAGAACGCGUUCUACAAAAGCGCAAAAAUUUUCUGAAUCCAACGAUGAAAGGUCCUGUUUGUUUGGGUGCUGAAGAAAUCCAUUCUCGGGGAGGGGGGGGAGCUUGGAUGCUGACAACACGCAGAAGGGCGCCAUCUGCCGACUACCACGGCUCGGAACUGGAAUUUCAGCGUGGAGUUUCAGCACGUUGGACAGCGACCAGCUCGCACUCGUGCUUUUUGGAAUUGGCAGGUAUACUGGACUGGCUAGAACUUAUGAUACAAUAGCAAGAUUAAAAUCUAAUACAUAGGAAAAUAGAAAAAAGAGGAGGAACAUAACUGUCAUAUGGUUAGGUAUGUAUGUAAUAGCUCUUGGUACGUUAUUCAUGCCUCUACAGACUUUGCAGUAAACUAGUUAUUAAUAUCCAGAUGAGAUCUAGGAUGAGAUGGGGAUGUUAAGAAUUCAUAUGCAUUUUAUUUCAAUUGUAAGGCUGGGUUCAUAUGUUUUAGAUAAUUAAUUCCUGGCAUCAUUUACUGAGAGGCUAAGUCAUGAAAUCUGUACUUUGUAUAUUAAAUCUACUUGUCUAGCAGCUGCAUUGCUGCCUCUUACUGAACUCUGUUGAUCUCUCCCAUCCCCAACAUCUGCAUGUCUGUAUUUUGACUGCCUCUUAUGCAGAUACAGUAACUGAGGAUUUUUUAUGCUGAAUAUCUGCUGAACUUCCCCAAGGAUUUUAAAAUCAGGAAUUAAACAUGACAUCUUGAGUAUUCUUCAAGAUACCAGACUUUGAA